GCGAGAGCGCGGGAGAGACAGGCCGGCAGCGAGCCGCGUCGCUUCCCGCCCGCUGUCGCCGCCCCCGGGGACACCGCUCCGUGAGGAACAACCGGCCGCGAGUCGGCAGGGGAGCAGCGCCUGCCCCUCCCUACAUCCGCCCCGUCCUGUGAGGCGGGACGUGACCGCUCCCUGCCCCCCCGUUCCCGGUCUCCGCCGCCACCCGUCCCGAGGAGGGAGCCUGGCACUUGUUGCCGCGAUGGUGCCCGGCCCGGCCGAGUAGGAGCGCGGAGCCCCCCGGGGAGAGGAGCGCAGAGCAGCGGGCACCGAGCCGGCCCCGCCGGGCUCCGCAGGGUGUUGUCUGCCCGCCGCGCCCGGCGGUGACGGCGCUUCCCGAGCCGCUCCAGGACUCAGGUCUGGGCGCGGGGGUCGCUCCCGGCAGCGCCGCCCGGCCCGGAGGGUCCCGGCGGGACCAGGGGGCAGCGCCGCCCGCUCCAUCCCCCGGCCCGAGCCAAAAUGUCCUUCUUCAACUUUCGCAAGAUCUUCAAGCUGGGCGGCGAGAAGAAGAAGAAACAAUACGAGCACGUCAAGAGGGAUUUGAACCCUGAGGAGUUCUGGGAAAUCAUCGGGGAGCUGGGAGAUGGUGCUUUCGGUAAAGUGUUCAAGGCUCAGAACAAAGAAACAAAAGUUCUGGCUGCUGCAAAAGUGAUAGAUACUAAAUCAGAAGAAGAACUUGAAGAUUACAUGGUGGAGAUUGAUAUUUUAGCAUCCUGUGAUCAUGCUAAUAUUGUCAAGCUACUAGAUGCUUUCUACUAUGAAAACAAUCUGUGGAUCCUGAUUGAAUUUUGUGCAGGAGGAGCUGUAGAUGCAGUCAUGUUGGAGCUUGAAAGGCCAUUAACAGAGCCACAGAUCAAAGUGGUGUGCAGGCAGACACUGGAAGCACUGAACUACUUGCAUGAAAAUAAGAUCAUCCACAGAGAUCUUAAGGCUGGCAAUAUUCUUUUCACAUUAGAUGGAGACAUUAAACUAGCGGAUUUUGGAGUGUCAGCUAAAAACACAAGAACAAUACAAAGAAGAGACUCUUUUAUUGGUACCCCAUAUUGGAUGGCUCCAGAAGUAGUGAUGUGUGAGACCUCUAAAGACAGGCCUUAUGAUUACAAGGCUGACAUUUGGUCUCUUGGCAUUACUUUGAUAGAAAUGGCUCAAAUAGAGCCACCUCAUCAUGAAUUAAAUCCCAUGCGAGUGCUUCUGAAAAUUGCAAAAUCUGAUCCUCCCACCUUAGCACAGCCUUCAAAAUGGUCAUCAGAUUUUAAAGAUUUUCUGAAGAAAUGUUUGGAAAAGAAUGUAGAUGCAAGGUGGAGUGCAACUCAGCUGUUACAGCAUCCAUUUGUUACUGUUACUUCCAAUAAACCGAUAAGAGAAUUGAUUGCAGAAGCAAAGGCUGAAGUUACAGAAGAAGUUGAAGAUGGUAAAGAUGAGGAUGAAGAAGAGGAAACAGAGAAUUCUCUGCAGUUACCUGCAGAGAAGCGUGCAUCCUCCGACCUUAGCAUUGCCAGCUCUGAGGAGGAUAAACUUUCACAGAAUGCCUCUGUCCUGGAAUCUCUCUCCGAGAAAACAGGAAAUAAUGCAAUUGAGGACAAAACAACUGGGGAUGAAUCUGAGGACAUUAAAUUUAGGAAAGCAGGUGAUAAGAUAUGUGAUAUGACCAUUAAUGAUAUUAAAGUACAAAAUGGUUCUGUGCCAACUGGUGAAGAUGAGCAAGGCAAAAUAAUGCCAGCAGGAAAGGACACAGAAAGCCUGGAAAAACCAGAUAAGGAUACAGAACCCCAGAAAGCAGGGAAAGAACUUGAAGUGGUAACAAAAUCUGAAAUAAAGAAUGAACCUGUAAUAGAGAAAGAAAAGUCCACGGCAAAUGAACAAGCAGAAGAUAAUAAACUGAAAGGAGUACCCACAACUGAAAACAGUGUAGAAGAUGAGGAAGGCAUUUCUAAGGAAAGUGGUGAGAAAGAAGAGGAGAACAGAACAGAUCUCUUGGGACUUAAAGAAGAGAAGGUCCCUGUAGAAAAUAAAAACACAGAGCAAAAGGAGAAUAAAGAUGAAGAGCGGAAAGAGGCAACAAUAGACACCACUACAGAAACUGUACCUAAUGCUACAGUUGAAGUGUCUGAUGAAGAAAAGGAAUUAAUAAAGCACGGAAUUGACAACAUUAAGGAGAUAGGUGGUAUUGCUGAAACACCGAUCAGUGAUGGGGAUAAAAUACCUGAGCUGGAGGAUAAGCCAGUGGAAAGUCAGGCUAAGCAGGUCCAUGAGAUAAUCAGCUCUGAGGAAACUCUGUCAGAAAGCCAAGAUAAAGUGAUCAAAGUAGACGAGAAACCGGCAGAAAGUGAAAAUGAGGAUAUUAGUAAUAUAAGCAGUACGGAGGAAGCAAAGAUCAAAGACUCUGGAAAAGAUGUCGUAGACCAGAAGGCAAUACAGAGCAAACCUGAGGAUGUUUCUAAAGUGGUGGAUAAACUGACUGAUAUGGACCAAAAUUCAGGAGAGCGCAGAGCUGAAAAUAUCCAGGAAAACAACAUUCAGACAGCCAAAGAACGUUUGGAAGUUACUUCUGAUGAAGUAACGAAGGAUAAGCUUCAAAAUGCUGUCAGUGAACAAGCUGAUGACUCUGAAGUCGCUCCAGUCCCCAGUAUUAGUAUUAGCACUGAAGAAAAUGAGAAGGUCAAAACGGAUAAUCGAGGCAAUACUGAAACUUCCCAGCAGGUAGAGCCGGAGAAUUUGAAGGAAAAUGAUGCCGAUUCAGGCACUGGUUCUACAGCUGAUAACAGCAGCAUUGAUUUGAACUUGUCAAUUUCUAGUUUCCUUAGUAAGAACAAAGAGACAGGAUCAAUAUCUUUACAGGAAACCAGAAGACAGAAGAAAACGUUGAAGAAAACUCGGAAGUUUGUUGUUGAUGGAGUAGAAGUGAGUGUAACCACAUCAAAAAUAGUUACUGAAAAUGACUCGAAAAGCGAAGAAAUGCGAUUCCUACGACGUCAAGAGCUAAGAGAGCUAAGACUUCUUCAGAAGGAGGAGCAGAGAGCCCAACAGCAACUCAGUAACAAGCUUUUGCAACAGCGAGAACAGAUGUUCAGACGUUUUGAACAGGAAAUGACAAGCAAAAAGCGCCAGUAUGAUCAAGAAAUAGAAAAUCUGGAGAAGCAGCAGAAGCAGACGAUAGAGCGCCUGGAACAGGAGCACACGAACCGCUUGCGGGAUGAGGCCAAACGCAUCAAAGCAGAGCAGGAGAAGGAAUUGUCCAAAUUCCAGAACGUGCUGAAAAACAAGAAAAAAGAGGAGCAGGAGUUUGUGCAGAAGCAGCAACAAGAACUGGAUGCAUCUCUGAAGAAAAUUAUUCAGCAGCAGAAGACGGAACUGGCCACUAUUGAACGAGAUUGCCUCAACAACAAACAGCAGCUCAUGAGAGCUCGUGAAGCUGCAAUCUGGGAACUGGAGGAGCGGCAUCUGCAAGAGAAACACCAGCUCCUCAAACAGCAGCUCAAAGAUCAGUACUUCAUGCAGAGACACCAGCUGCUCAAGAGGCACGAGAAGGAAACAGAACAAAUGCAGAGAUACAAUCAACGCCUUAUUGAGGAGUUAAAGAACAAGCAAACUCAGGAAAGAGCCAGACUGCCUAAAAUCCAGCGAAGUGAAGCAAAGACUCGCAUGGCGAUGUUUAAGAAAAGUUUAAGAAUCAAUUCCUUAGCCUCUCCAGACCAAGAUCGUGAAAAAAUUAAGCAGUUUGCUGUUCAAGAAGAGAAGAGGCAGAAGAAUGAGAGACUGGCUCAGCAUCAGAAACACGAAAACCAAAUGCGGGACCUUCAGCUGCAGUGUGAAGCAAACAUCAGGGAACUGCAUCAGUUACAGAAUGAAAAAUGCCAUCUACUGGUUGAGCAUGAGACUCAGAAACUAAAGGAGCUGGAUGAAGAGCACAGCCAAGAACUGAAGGAAUGGAGAGAGAAACUGAGACCGAGAAAGAAGACGCUGGAAGAAGAAUUUGCCAGAAAACUGCAGGAACAGGAAGUUUUCUUUAAAAUGACUGGAGAAUCCGAAUGCCUUAAUCCUUCAACACAAAGCCGGAUUUCCAAAUUCUAUCCAAUCCCCAGCCUUCACUCUACUGGGUCGUAACUCUGGGAACUGCUGUAGGUUUUAUCCUGUCUGGAAUUCUCCAUCCUUACCCAUCUAACCUGACUGACCUGCGGCGUGUGUACAUCUGAGGACCCCGCGCGUUUUGUUUUCAGUGGAGACAAUCAGUGUCACAUGAGUUUCUUCACUUCUCUGAGCGGAAGAAACGAACCCAGUGUUGGUGUACAAUGGUAAUGUUACGUCCUUCAGAUGUUUCAAGACUAAGUGGGCUUUUUAUCUCGGUCUCUAAAAGUGUGUUACCUAUGGUUUUGACUUUAAGCCUGAAAUAUUAGUUGUGCUCUUCCUCAUCACAAAAAAAAAUGGUUUCUCAUGAGAACAUUUAAACCAUGUAAUAUUAGUUCUGCUACUGUGUUUUUAAGCAUCAGAUCUCUCCACGAGAGAAUUCCCCAGUUGAAAAUGCCGUGAGAGGUUUAAAGUUUCAUAAUGUUGAGCAGUGUCUUCAUGGCAAGGACUGAAACUAAUUGCUAAGAACAUGCCAGUAAUCAGAGAAACAAACCCUUCUGUUUAAACACGUUUGGCAAAAGCAAAAGCCUUUGUAAUUUCUUUCAAAAGAAACCUCUGGCAUAAAUUAAACUGAGCUGAUCUCCAUGACACGUUUUGUCCAUUAGUUCCAUAAUGAAAUGGGGUGCUAGUUUAAUUAAUACAGUGCCUGAAACACUUAGAUAUGCUGAUCCUGGUAACAGGAUACUGUUUUGUCACUUAAAAAAACAAAACUCCUUAGCGUUGUUGUUACUGUACAAACCAAGAUUUCUUGCUGCUACUGCCAUUUUGGUUGUAAAUCCUCACCCUAAAAUAUUUUGCACUAAAAUAUGUAAAGGUGAAAGAAAAGCUAACUUUAAAAUGCACAGUUUGUUAUUUUCCUUUGCUAUUACAGGUGGUUAGUUCUACAAAUUGAAAAACUGUAGAAUGUAUUUUUUAGAAAGCAGGGUGCAAAAUGCACGUGGUUUCUCAAACUGUACCUGGAAUGGGUAGAGCCAUUGUUCUGUUCUUACCAAAGCCUGUUCAUUUAAACUCCAUUGGAAAAGUGGAGGCGGAUGGUCAUAUUUAUAAAUAAUCAUGGCUAAAGUCUGAUUUCAUUAGAAGUGUUAGAUUCAGUUUUUUGUUUUUUGUUUUUUUUUUUAAUUUUAGUCAUUUUAUUUUGUGGAAAGAUUUAAGUUAAAUAUAUAGACAAACUCCUUUAUGAAGCUGGGUGUUUUGCUUUUGUGUCGCCACCUACUAACAUAGGCAGGUUUUAUUUUUCAAGUUCAUAGAUGUACAAUAAGUUAUUUACCUGACUGAUCUGCAGUGGAAAAUCUGAAAUGUUUCUCAUGUAGCGGGUAGGGAAAUACAGCUGCGUUAGGUCAAUUUUUGCUGCACUCCUUUGGGGGUUGGAGGUCGAGUCAUAUCAAGACACAGUGUUAAAAAGGCUGUACUUGGGUAUGCUGGAGUUCCAUUUGUAAAAUAGUGUUUGCUUUCUGUUGUUUGAGGCCUGACUUUCUCAGGUCUCUUCGGGCAUCAACUGCGACCGUUUUGUUUUGCUCUCUUGCAUUGAACUCGUGGCCGGUGACCAUUAACGACGUUCAUUCCGUGGGAGCUGUGUUGCUGCAUGUCAAUGAGCUCAGAAAUUAACAUGGGACUUAGAAUCAGCUGUGGUUGAAAUCUGGGAUGCUGAAAUCCUUGGACGUUGAAGUGAUACCUUCUCAAUGAAGACACUUAAUUUACAGCACAGAAAAAUGAUUAAUUGGAAAAUGCAUGUUUAAUUUAAAUUUUGUAACUUUUUGAUAGUAUAAUUACUUUAAUAGCUAGCCUUAAUUUCUGGCAUUUUAUUAUUAUAAAUGUGUAUUGUGUACUGUUGUAAAUUCACACACCAUAUCUCUAGAAUGUUCUCUGUUGCUAAAUGCAAAGUUCUUUGAAUUGUUUGUUCAUUAGAGAGAAAAAAGUCUUUGAAGAUCUUUUGCUUUUUAAGCUCCAUCUUCAUAAAUUGACUGUUCCUGAGAUAAAAUUAAAUAAUCUUCCUUUCUAUUUAA